AUCCACGGCACGGGCACUGUAGAAGGAGUACGAAAAUAGUAGCGUGCCAGGAUCGUAUCACGCUCGCGGCCCACAGACGUGGAUCUCCUUUCUAUUAAUAGCUAAAUGAAAGGGAGCGAUCCCGAGUCGGCCGUGUAGGCAUCGUUCCGAGUCUUGGUGGUGUCCAGGCCCUGAUCGCAGGACUUCAGAGCCGCUCAAGCCGUCGCGGACUCCACAUUCCACCGGCAAAAGCUCUUCCGUGCGUGCCUGUUCAGAAGCAUCUACUUGCUCGGCUGGUGCUCCGAGGCGAACCCUCAUACACGUCAUACACACGCGUCUCCCACCCACCCACAUACACAACAUUGCCAUACACAUUCACACCGCUCGAGUUACCGUGACCACCAGCAAACAUGUCUGACGACGAGGAGCAAUACUCCAGCGAGGAGGAGGUGGUCGAGGAAACGUAAGCAGCCGGAAGGCAGGAAGAUCGAGGGUAGGGCGUCCCAAAAGGAGUCUGGGGAGAAUAUCGAGUUUAUGAAGAGGCAGGAACAGAAGAGGAGCGACCUAGACGAACAGCUCAAGGAAUACAUUGCAGAAUGGCGGAAGCAGAGGGCAAAGGAGGAGGAGGAAUUGAAGAGAUUGAAGGAGAAGCAAGCGAAGCGCAAGAUCACUCGCGCGGACGAGGAGAAAAGAUUGGCUCAGAAAAAGAAGGAGGAGGAAGAGCGUCGCCAGCGUGAAAUCGAGGAGAAGAAGCAACGUGAUAUGGAGGAAAAGAGAAAGCGUCUCGAAGAAUCAGAAAAGAAACGCCAGGCAAUGAUGCAGGCGAUGAAAGAACAAGCGAGCAAGAAGGGUCCUAACUUUACCAUCACUAGGAAAGAUUUAGCGGGUAACCUUACGUCGGCGCAACUGGAGCGCAACAAGACGAAAGAGCAGCUCGAGGAGGAGAAGAAAAUCUCGCUGAGUAUUCGCAUCAAACCGUUGGAAAUCGAUGGUUUCUCAAUCGAGAAGCUCCGGUCCAAGGCUAACGAGCUCUGGGACACCAUAGUCAAGCUGGAGACCGAGAAGUACGAUCUUGAAGAGCGGCAAAAGCGCCAGGACUAUGACCUUAAAGAAUUAAAGGAACGUCAGAAGCAACAAUUGAGGCACAAGGCUUUGAAGAAAGGUCUUGAUCCCGAAGCUCUCACCGGCAAGUAUCCUCCCAAGAUCCAAGUCGCCUCCAAAUACGAACGUCGAGUGGAUACCAGGUCUUAUGACGAUAAGAAGAAGCUCUUCGAGGGUGGUCUGACCGAACAGCAGAAGGAGUUCAUAGAGAAGCAAUGGGCUCAACAGAAGGAGCAAUUCCUUGGUCGCCAGAAGACGAAAUUGCCGAAGUGGUUCGGCGAGAGGCCAGGCAAGAAGCCAGGAGAUCCCGAAUCACCCGAAGGCGAAGAAGACGUGAAGGCUGCGGCUGAAGACGAAGAGCUGGAAGAGCCACAAUUCGAGGAAGAAGAAGAGGAGGAAGAGGAGGAGGAGGAGGAAGAGGAAGAGGAAGGCGAGAAGAAGGAGGGAGAGGGCGAAGGUGAAGAGGAGGAGGAGGAGGAAGAGGAAGAAGAAGAGGAGGAAGAAGAGGAGGAGGAAGAGGAGGAAGAAGAGGAAGAAUAAAUGUCUCUUCUAAAAAAUCCUAAAAACCACAAAUCGAAUCGAUCAUUGAGAAAUAUCGAAACAUCCUAUGAAGAACCAUCGAAUUCAUAUAUAGUCGUGGCGGCAGUAGAGGCGAACAAUGGCGGACCAUUUUUCCAGAAUCUUGUUAUUAUAGAUGGCUUUUAUGAGACAGAGGGAAAAAAGGGACAAGAAGGUGAACGUCUGUAACGUUAUAUUUUUCCACGAAGAAAUCCAUUCUAUAAUGGCGAGAAUUCCGGCGAGAUAAAACAUGCCAUUAUUAUUUCUCAACUGUUCUACCACUUCUACUUCUAUUAUUAUUAUUCUACUACUUCUAUUGCGCUAUUACAAUUAUUAUUAUAUUGUACAAAAAUACACGCACACACAUUAUUAAAAUAAAAAAAAAAAAAGAUUUAUCGUAUAAGACUUCCGUAAGGAAUCUUCCCCCUAUCCCACGAAGAGAUUUGUUACGCAUACUUGUAAUCAAGAUUGUAAAUUAAAAAGGCUAUGGAAAAAAAUAUUCCGAAUCUAAACUUCAAUAAUGUUUUUAUUAUUUAAUUCGAAAUUAACAAAGCUGAUCUUUUAUUGGCAUAAAUUUUAUUAGCAAUAAAUUCGGAAAUCACGAGAAAAUAGGAGAAUAUACAAUCUGAUUAAUGGAAGGAAAAGAAUUUCCUCUCUAAAGUUCCUACUUUAUCGUAAGAGUUAUAAAAUAGUUAUAAAACUUUCGGCAAUGCCUUUGUAUUAUACUAACAUCACCUUAUCUAUCUCGUAAUAAAAAGAUAUGGAU